AUGGGCUCAAUUCAAGAAAUCGAAACAAGGCUGUUCAUCAACGGAAAGUUCGUGAAAUCUUCAGAUGGAAAGACAUUCCCAUUGAGAUCUCCCACGACUCGAGAGAUCAUUGCCGAAGUGCAUGAAGCUAGUGAGCAGGACACAGAUGCAGCAGUCGCAGCAGCAAAGGCAGCAUUCCCAGCAUGGUCAGCCUUGUCUCCCGCAGACAGGGGCGCAUAUUCGAAGAAGCUCGCGGCUCUACUUCAUCAAAGCGGAAAGGAGCUGUCAGAGCUGGAGGCAAUCUCCAUGGGUAGGCCCGUUUCGAGCUAUUUCGAUAACCAUGCUUGCGCAAGCACAUUCGAGCACUACGCAGAAGCUGGAUAUGAUGUUCAGGGUGCCAGCAGCCUGAACACUCCCGGCUACGUCAAUAUGACGUUCAAGCAGCCAUACGGCGUCGUGGCUGCAAUUAUUCCGUGGAAUCUGCCACUGGUUUUCUUUGCAAAUAAAGUCGCCCCGGCGAUUGCAGCAGGAAACACCGUGGUGUUGAAAAGCAGUGAAAAAGCGCCAUUGAGCUCCGCCAAGGUUGCCACUUUGAUCGAGAAAGCCGGCUUUCCUCCAGGAGUGAUCAAUGUGUUAUCAGGCCACGGCCAAACCUCAGGGGCAAUCCUCUCUUCCCAUAUGGACGUUCGAGCGCUGAGCUUCACCGGAUCAGCUCGCACCGGUCGAGUUAUUCAAGCUGCAGCAGCAAAAUCCAAUCUCAAGAACGUCGUCCUGGAAUUGGGUGGGAAAUCACCCGCCGUCAUAUUCGAAGAUUGCAACCUCGACAAAGCAGUGGCUGAAACACGGAAUAGUAUCCAAUGGAACAGUGGCCAGGUGUGUAUGGCGAACAGCAGGAUCUACGUCCAGGAGAGCAUUGCCGAACAAUUCGUGGACAAGUUCAAAGCGCAGUUCGCUGUCAUCAGCGCUGGCGAUCCGCUGGACGCUGCGACCAACCAUGGACCACAGGCCGACGGCGUUCAAUAUGAAAACGUCCAGAGAUACAUUUCUGCUGGCAAAGAAAGUGGCGAGUUGGUUCUUGGCGGAACCAAGGAGGUUUCGGGCCUAUCAGAUGCGGCCAGUAAGGGUUAUUUUGUUGCGCCCACGAUAUUUCUAAAGACUGCAGAAGAAGCCACAGUGAUGAAGGAAGAGAUCUUUGGGCCUGUUGUCAACAUCAAUACCUUCAAGACUGAAGCAGAAGCCAUCGCCAAGGCCAAUGACAGCGAAUUCGGUUUAUAUGCUGCGGUAUAUACGAAGGACAUCAAUCGUGCCAUGCGAUUCGCCAAAGCGCUCGAGGCUGGAACCGUUGGGGUCAACUGCACGAGCCCGACUCUAGCACAUGAUAUGCCAUUCGGUGGCUACAAAAGUAGCGGUGUAGGAAGAGAGGGAUUUGGAUACACCCUGAACAAUUUCUUGGAGACGAAGACGGUUCUGAUCAAGAUAGAAGAAUAG